AUGUAUUUGAUCGUUAUUCAAUGCUUUACGCCAGUUAUACAUCAACACUUUAUAUGUUAUUGCCUGAACGGUGGGAAUAUCGAUACUACAAAACGCACUGUUGUGAUCGAGGAGUGGCUCAACUCCCAUACACACACUGUUCUGAUCGAGGAGUGGCUCAACUUCCAUACACACACUGUUCUGAUCGAGGAGUGGCUCAACUCCCAUACACACACUGUUCUAAUUGAGGAGUGGCUCAACUUCCAUACACACACUGUUCUGAUCGAGGAGUGGCUCAACUCCCAUACACACACUGUUCUAAUUGAGGAAUGGCUCAACUUCCAUACACACACUGUUCUGAUCGAGGAGUGGCUCAACUCCCAUACACACACUGUUCUAAUUGAGGAGUGGCUCCACUCCCGUACACACACUGUUGUAAUUGAGGAGUGGCUCCACUCCCGUACACAAACUGUUCUAAUUGAGGAGUGGCUCAACUCCCAUACACACACUGUUCUAAUUGAGGAGUGGCUCAACUCCCGUACACACACUGUUCUAAUUGAGGAGUGGCUCCACUCCCGUACACACACUGUUCUAAUUGAGGAGUGGCUCCACUUCCGUACACACACGGUUUUAAUUGAGGAGUGGCUCCACUCCCGUACACAAACUGUUCUAAUUGAGGAGUGGCUCCACUCCCAUACACACACUGUUCUAAUUGAGGAGUGGCUCAACUCCCGUACACACACUGUUCUAAUUGAGGAGUGGCUCCACUCCCGUACACAAACUGUUCUAAUUGAGGAGUGGCUCAACUCCCAUACACACACUGUUCUAAUUGAGGAGUGGCUCAACUCCCAUACACACACUGUUCUAAUUGAGGAGUGGCUCAACUCCCGUACACACACUGUUCUAAUUGAGGAGUGGCUCCACUCCCGUACACACACUGUUCUAAUUGAGGAAUGGCUCCACUUCCGUACACACACUGUUUUAAUUGAGGAGUGGCUCCACUCCCGUACACACACUGUUCUAAUUGAGGAGUGGCUCCACUCCCGUACGAACUUUUCUGAUUAA